AUGAGGAUCGAGUCGGGUCUCUCUUCUGCUUCUGUUGAUGAUCGCAUGGAUUCUCCACAAUCUUCCCCGUCUCUUUCUCCAUCUCCAUUUAAUGCGAGAGGUUCGAAAUCUACGAACGAUAACAUUCUGAUUGCUCGUCGUCCUCUUUUGCGUCGUGAUGAAGGGGGUUCUCUUCGUCGGAGUGUUCGAACAACACCGGUGGAGGAGCAGAGUUCCAGUCGUGCUCCUGUUCCUCAACAUGUUGAUGAAGAUGUCAUUGAUCUCGAGGAUGACGACGAACAUGAUGCGGAUAACGCACCGGCGGAGGAGGUUCCUCUGGCGGGGCUUCCCUCUCUUUUGACACGUAGAAUGCUCGACGGCAUUGCUAGGACUUGUCGUUUUCCGAGGCGGUUGCAGAUGCGUUCCCCAAAUGCCAAUGAAAGGCGGUGGACUCCGCCUCCCGGAUGGAUGUGUUUGUACGAGGCGUUCUUCACUCAUUUGCGCCUCUGGUUUCCUCUUCCCCGUCUUCUGACGUCUUACGCUGCUGCUCGGGAUAUAGCUCUGACUCAAUUUACUCCUGCUGCCAUGCGAAAUGUAGUCGCUCCUCUGGUUUUGGGGGCUGAGGUCGGCUUCGACGUCGAUCUUCGCUUCUUUAAAGAGUUAGCCAAUAUUAGUAGGAAUCCGGGAACUCCUAAUACCUUCUAUAUAAAUAUCAAAUCUCGUUACGACAUUCUUAGGGGGAGGGUGAACAAGGCGCACGAGUGGUUCCAACGUUACUUCUUUGUUCAGAAUGACUCGGCCUCUAUAGCGGAUCUUGAUGCGUCCCUGAGGGGGACUUGGAAUCCCUCGCCUAGUGAGUCUCUUGUUUUAUCCCUUUCCUCGUCGUGGUUUGUGUGUGACUUCCUUUUUGCGCUUUUUGGGGUUUUCCUAGAACGUCAUCCGAUUUCGUUUCCCCUGCCGGCGGGUUUUUCUCGUGGAGUGGAGGAGAUUCGUGAACUAGGUGUUCAGCAAUGGCCCCAAUUUGAUCGCCAUCGGAUUUUCCGUAGUGUUCUGCGCAUCUCGGCUGUAAGUCUGGUUGCUCCUAGGGGUGGAGAGCCUGUUACUGCAGAGGGAAAGUCUUCUGGUGUGCCCCCGGCGGGCGGUUUCAUGGCCGACGCUAUUCGUUCCUCUGCUCUGGGAGGUCGAGAAUCUGGGUCUCUAAAGCGUCCUUCUGAAGGCAUCAUGGUAGGAGACAUUCAUGAGGAGAAGAGAUCUCGACGGGAUCCAUAUGCUCGGGUGUUUCGCUAUGACAGGGAUACUCCGUUUGUGAACGAAGAGCGUGCUUGUGCUGAAUACUUCUGUCUCCCGAGGAACGCUUUUACGAACAUCCCUGAUGCUGACGAUUUGGUGCAUGCUAAAGAGUUUAAGGAUAUGGCUCAUUUUGACGCUCAUUCGAAAGCUCACGCGGUGCGGCUCGUGUACCUUUACGAAAAAGACCUGAAGAGGAUGCGGACUAAACUGGAGGAUAUGUUUGCUGAGAAGGAGCUGCGUGAUAACCGUAUUAAAGAGCUGGAGGUCACCGUCGAUGGUUUGAAUUCCGCUGUUGAGACUCUUAAGGCGGAGCUUUCAGCGUCGUCCAGCCGUGAUGCUAUUCUUCGAUCUCAGAUUGGUGAUCAGCAGAAUACUCUUGAGUCUAUGUAG